AUGCCCAAGUCAACCAAAUACGAUCCGUUUGUGACAACACUCACGGUUCCCCAGGAAAGAUUUGAGCGCACCUUGGUGUACACUUUGUCUCCUCAAACAGCAACAUUCACGCCACCAGUUUCCUGCUCGGUAGUGCCUCGGUCGAUCAGAUGUACGAGCAGGCCAGAAAAUAUAACUUCAAACGAAAUAUGCUAUGGGGAUAUGAACGUCGGUGAGACGACUACCAGUCUACCAACGGAGUGCUUUCCGGCAAGCUAUGAUAGAAUUUGGAGACCUUGGGGCGGCACUUUCAGCGAUCUACCCAACUUGGCAUAUCCAGGCACUGCUUGCAUAAGCGGCUGGACUUCAGCUUGCAAUACCAACAUUCACUUAGAGAGUGCCCAGUUUGUCUCUCAAACAUGGUGCUGCCCCCCUGAUGGAUGGGCAUGCUUGACGGUCGGCGGAGAUGACGUUCCUUAUCGGGAUUGUGUGAGUUACAUCAGUACACCAACCGAUGUCUGGGUCAACGUAUAUACCACAAGUGGAACCACAGAGGUGAAGGUGGCCACGGCUUGGCGAAAAGUCUUUCUCACCGAUCUUCCCCGUUCUGGCCCGAUCAAGAUCAAGCAUCCCCCAUUCCCACUGUACGGAGACAGUCCAUCUAAUGACAAAGACAAUGGUGAGGGAGGAUUGGCGACAGGAGCCAUUGCUGGGAUCGCAGUCGGAAUCGUUGUCGUUGUCCUCAUUCUGAUAGGGAUCACGAUAUUUGUCUGCUUGCGAAAGAGGAAGGAAAGGCGCCUCGCUCAAAGUCAGGUUACUGCUGUUGAAGUAGAUGCAUACCACAAGGGGCUGGGCUAUGACACUAAGCAGGAGCUUCCUGGUCAUGGCUCGGAAUCACGAGAACUUCAGCCAAUAUCGCCGCCGCCGGUAGAAUUAUCUUCGCAGACAAAACCUUCAGAAGUGGAAGGACAACCUCCUGUAGAGCUGGCAUCAUGA